AUGGUUCAGCACUUGAACACAACAGGCGAUCAGCCUUCAGAGCAGUCACCGCUGCUGGGCAAAGCCGUCGACGCGAACGGGCAUGGGACCGUGUCUGUCUCGGCAGCCGAAGUUCCGGCCCAACGGUCACUCGCAGGCAAUGGAACCAACGGAUCAAUCCUGAAAGCCGGUACCGACGAUGAAGAGAGCCAGGGAGAAGGAGAAACUGAGGAGGGGAUAGACAGGAGCCAUGUAGCCCGGAUUAUUUCGGUGUUGCUUAUCGGCAUCUUUGUCGCACACGCCGACGGCUCGAUCCUGCUAGCAACGCACCCUAUCAUCGCGUCGGAGUUCAACGACUUGGAGAACUCGAGCUGGCUCAUCACUGGUUUCGCCCUCGCGGGGGCUGCCACACAGACACUAUACGGGAAAUUAAGUGACAUAUACGGCCGAAAGAGUCUGGUGAUCACCGCAUAUGUUAUCUUUGUUGUUGGCUGUGCCAUCGUCGGCAUGGGCCAAACCAUGUGGCAAGUCAUCCUCGGUCGAGUCAUCUCGGGCGCGGGGGCAUCUGGAAUGGCCGGACUAGUCUCUAUUCUAAUCACAGACCUCCUCCCGAUCAGAGAGGUCGCCCAAUGGCGUGCGUAUGUUAAUCUGGUUGCUACUCUGGGCCGGAGCAUCGGAGGUCCCCUAGGCGGAUGGCUAGUCGAUGUCAUCGGCUGGCGAUGGUCCUUUUUCGGCCAAAUCCCACCCGUCAUACUCGCCAUUAUCCUCGUUACUGUCUCUCUCCCUAGUCCCCCCCCAGGCGUUGAGCCCUCUGAUACUAUCAACAACACAGCCACCCAGAAGAGCAAGCUCAGCCGCGUCGACUUCAAGGGCUCCGUGCUCUUUGCCCUGGCCAUCCUUGCGCUUCUUCUGCCUAUCGAGCUUGGAGGUGUUAAGCUCCCAUGGUCUCAUCCUGCCAUCAUUGCUCUUUUCGCCUUCAGUCCCGUGCUGCUGUUUAUUUUUGUGGCGGUAGAGAAACGGCAGGCGGAACCGAUUUUACCCCUCGAGAUUUUCCACCGCCGAGAUGCCGUCUUGUCAUUUGCCAUACUGGGACUGCAGAUUGCAGCCCAACUCGGGCUUAUGUUCUCGGUGCCUCUUUACUUCCAGAUCACGACCCGCGCGUCUAACACGGUUUCCGGGGCGCAUCUUGUGCCUGCUGUGGUUGGUAAUGCUCUCGGGGGGUUGAUAUCUGGGCUACUCAUCAAGAGGUCCGGCCGUUACAAGACCCUGAUCAUCAUAGCCGUUGCGCUCUCCUCGUUCAGCUAUCUAUUGCUCAUGCUCCGCUGGCACGGCAACACCAACUUCUGGGAGUCUCUCUACAUUUUCCCAAGCGGUUUCGGCACCGGCGUCGCCCAAUCCGCCGUCUUCGUCUCGCUCCAAGCCGUCGUCGCCGACCCAUCCCACCUCGCACCCGCCAUCUCCUUCAUGUACCUCAUCAGCACUGUCGCGCUGACCAUCGGCCUGCCGCUCUCCAACGCCGUCAUGCAGACCGUGCUGCGCCGGGUGCUGAGGGGGAGGCUGCUUGGGUUGGGGGUGGGAGCUGGGGAGGUUGCGAAGAUCAUUGAGAGCACGGUGUCUGACGUUGACUUUGUGGACCGGGUUACGGGGAGUGUACGGGAAGCCGUGGUGAGCUCGUAUGUUGAUGGGCUGUGGUGGAGCCAUGGCGUGUCGUUCUUGUUCUCCGCCACGGCCUUCGUGUUGGCCCUCUUCAUCCGCCAGCGACGUCUCGAUGGCCCGAGGGCUUAG